AUCGGCUGCAUACAAUUUCCAGAGUACGUUGGGAGUAAAGUAGGGACAAAAAAGACAUCCUCCUUUUUGCUAACAAUGUACCGGUAUAGUGACACCAGCUAUAAACGUUUGCCGCAGUCGGAUCCAGCAUGUAAAGUUGCAAAGAUUGCUAUCUGCGGAUUCAGAGACAAGCAGGUGAUACCAAGCAGCACGACACCAACAGAGGAGAUCGCUUCGAGUACGACGAUGGCAUCACCUGAAACACCCACUCUAUCGCCCAAGUCCACCACCACUAUCAACAUGGAAGACCCAGUGGAGGCCACGGCUACUGUGAGCUCGCUGCUGGACAACAGCGCGCCAACGGCUGCACCGAGUCGGUUGCCAAGCAAUGCACCUUCAGCGCAUAUGUUUGACGUCCAAGGCACAUCGUACAAAAUUUUGACGGUGGAAAAGAAGAAUGCGACGGGACUCAAGGCACUUUGCAAGGCUGAUAAGGGCAUGUUGGGUGAUAUCAGUUUUGCCAGUUUCCAGGCCUUCCAAAAGCAAAUGGGCAAAGUCAACGGAGUAUCCAAGGUGGUGAUUGGCACUUGGAACGGCGACAUGUACAGUCUUCAAGACAAUCAGUGCUUGUUCAUGACGUUGAACUUUGGUAUUGUGGCGGAUGAUUGUGCCAAUGCCAAUGCGGUAUUGUGCCAAUACAACAAAAACUGAAUUAAAAAAUGCAACAAGUGGGUUGAAAAAGCAUUGAUUUGCGGGAUGUGAAAAAAAAGAGGGCAGAAAAAAAAAAUUUCAGAAACGCCCUUUUCCCGAGUUGCGAAAAAAUAGGAGGGGGAGGUGACGUGGAAAAUAAAGCACACUUUGGAGCGGGCGGCUGGGGCUGCCCUUUUUC